AGUUUUCUUUGGGCGAAGUAAUGAAUUGACCAAAAGCAUUCCAGUGAUGUAAGUAACAUAAUCAGAGGUUCAGCAAUCUAGGGAUUUCCCGUUAACUCGGAAGCAUUCCCAGUUCGUAAUGUCUCUCUGACUCGUACUUUUCAGCUUACGUUCGAUGGAGGGCGAAUCUUACACCAUAAGCAACACCAGCCAUUUGCUCGGUUCUGUUCCCGCUGUCAUAGCCGAUGAAAAGAGUAGCACAGCUCAUAACGUCCCUUAUGCAAGCAUGCAAACAUUCCCCCUUACCAAUGGGGUUGACAAAGGACAUGGAUAUCAAAUUUCUGGAACUCCAACUGAAGCAUUUGGGCAACAAUCAACAAGCUACUGGCGGAGAAUCUUUAGUGUCUCAUCCUACACGCAAUAUUUUAACGUGGACACGGAUGCUGUUGUAAACAGAUUGAUGAGUUCCUUGAAUCCAGUUGGCGGAGAUUUUUUUAACAAGAUAGAUGCUAAUCCUGAUUUAUACGGGCUAAUAUGGAUCUCAACAACAUUGGUUUUUGUACUUGCCUUACUUGGAAAUAUUGCCACAUACCUUACGCAGAAACAUGUGGAUAACACUACUUCUUGGAGCUUUGAUGUCAGCUUCGUAAAUGCGGCUGCGUGGUGUAUCUAUGGUUAUGUUAUAGUGGUCCCGUUGGCAUACUACUUUUUCCUUCAGUAUAUGGGUUCAAAUGCUAACCUUAUUCGGUUCUGGUGCAUGUGGGGGUAUUCCCUCACCAUUUUCAUUAUGUCCUCUUUUCUAUUGCUUGUUCCGGUUGGAAUUCUUCGUUGGAUCAUAAUAAUCCUUACAGGCGUUGCUUCAGCUAGCUUUGUUGCCUUGAACCUAAGGUCUUUUAUAGACGGAAAUGAUGUUUCGGUGGCUGUAAUUGCUGCAUUUUUCUUGCAAAUAGCUUUGGCUGUCUUCAUCAAGGUCCGUUUCUUUGCAUAACUUUAAGCAUUGCAGUAAUGAAGAAUAAAAUCCAAAUCACUGUCAUUGUUACCCACACCACACCGACCCACGCUACUGGCUAACUCUGUUUAAAACGUUGGGUAGAAUUAUCUGCAACAGAUAUGGUUUUUGUAAUUUUGGUUUAUUGAUGAUUGCAAGGUUACAAGGUUCUGAUUUGGUUGUUCUCGACAUCUGAGCUCCUUUCAUGUUUUUUGUAAUUAUCGGAUUUCAGCUCCUUUCAUUUUUUUUUGUAAUUACCAGAUCUCUCAUUUCAACACUUUAGUGGAGCUGAAAAUGAUAUGUCUUACUGUUACAUAUCUUAAUUAGAAUCUAGGAUGUACAGAUUCGUGAUAUUAUGACUAAAGCAAUUCAAUAUGAUCUGCAGCUUGUAUAAAUUUUAUAAGCAGUUUAGGUUCAGUUGUCAGGUUUAUAUGAAUAGGAUGUGAAAAUGAGACUCCAGCUCAAAAGAAUCUAGCUGGGGAACUUGGUUCAUGAUUGAUUAUAUUUUUGUAAAUAUAACAAAUUAAUGUGACAUUUAUAUUAAUCAUGUACUGUAAAAAUAUUAUGUACAUUAAUCAACUAUGUAUAUUCUUGACAAUAACCAUGUUAUUUUGAAAACUUUCAAAUAGCUAUCACCUUUAGUUUUUGGGACAUGAGUUCUUGUGGUGUUUAGUGUGAUAUUUACUUUUCUAUUAAUUUGACUGUGGUGUUUCUUGAUUAGGUUUUAUAGUGUUUUGGACAUGAGGAGUUGGUUUGGUUUAUGUAACUUUUGCCUUUGAAUUUAUAGUUUUGCAUUGUAUCAUCAAUAAUAGAAAGAUAGUGUAAAAGGAAGUUUUUGACAAAAAAAUUGGAGAAUGAACUGUGAACAAGGAAGAAAGAGAAAAAAAGUUUACCAAAUAGGGCAGACUGCAUCAUAGUAAAAUAUGCUAGGUUG